AGGAUAUAGGAUGAAGAUCAAGUUUAACUCCUUCGAUGUUGCAUGCAUUGUCAGCGAACUUAAAUCAAAAGUUCAAGAUCUGCGUGUUAUCAAUGUCUACGACAUAAACAACAAAUCAUAUAUCAUCAAGUUUGGACAAGAGGUGAAAUCGAUGUUGUAUAUAGAAUCAGGUUCUAGAAUUCAUUUGACUGCCUUUGAAUGGCCAAAACAAAUGAUACCUUCCCCAUUUUCGGCUAAAUGUAGAAAAGUUAUGAGGAACAAGAGGUUAACAAGUGUCUCUCAAAUUGGUUGUGAUAGAAUUGUAGAUCUGAAGUUUGGAAGUGAAGAGUUUUCUUCCCAUUUAAUUAUUGAACUUUAUGACAAAGGAAACAUAUGUCUUUGUAACGAUCAGUAUAUGAUCACUGCUAUAUUAAGGACAAGAGAAGAUGAAAAGGAGGAUAUCAGAUAUGCAGUUGGUCAUUUCUAUCCUUUUGAAGUUUGUCAGACUUUAACAAGUCCAAACAUGGAAAUUAUGAACAGUAAUACAAGUGACAUUAAACCCAACACACAGCUUAAGCGGUGGCUUAAUUUCAUGUUUCCAUAUAGCAUUCCCCUCAUAGAACAUUGUUUGAGAGAAAAUGGUAUGGAUGCUAACGAGAAAAUCAAUGAAAGUAGUGUCUUGGACAAUCUUUCCCAAAUUCAAAAAUCAAUGGAAGUUGCACACUGCAAGUUUAGUUCUCUUCCGUUGACAUUAAAGAGUGGAUUCAUAUUCUUCAAAAAGGUUAAAAGCAGUGCCACUGAUUCAGUAAUGGACGAAUUUCAUCCAAUUGUGUUUGAUCAGUGCACAUCAAUGGAAUCGAAGGAGUUUCCAUCAUACAAUGAUGCUAUUGAUGUAUUUUUCUAUGAACAGGAGACCCAGAAGAUUGAAAUAAAAUCAGUGCAGAAAGAAAAGAAUGUCAUGAAAAAGUUAGAGAAUAUCAAAACUGAUCAUGAAAAUAGAAUAAAAGUCUUGAAAAACGUGCAAGAAGAUUCAGCCAACAAAGCUUAUUUGAUAGAAGUUAACCUAGAAUGUGUUGAAGAAGCGAUUAAUACCAUUCAAAAUCUGGUUGCUAAUCGUCUGUCCUGGGAAGAGAUAGAUGAACUGGUUCAAGAGGGUAAAGAAAGUAAUCACCAAGCAGCUCUGGCAAUAAGAAAAAUAAACUUACAGAACAACAAAAUGACUAUGUCACUUAAAGAUCCAUUCGAAGAAGAGGUGGUUGCUGUUGAUGUUGACAUAGAUUUGGCUAUGGGUGCUUACAGCAAUGCUAAACAGUAUUUUGACCAGGUGAAACAGUCUGCUGUAAAAGAGGAAAAGACAAUCCAGUCAUCUGCUGUUGCUCUGAAGAAUGCUGAAAAGAAAACUCAGGCAACAAUAAAAGAUAUAAAUAUUGUAGCAUCAAUAAAAAAGGCAAGAAAGAUGCUUUGGUUUGAGAAGUUUUUGUGGUUUAUAAGUUCAGAAGGUUACAUAAUUAUAGGUGGUAGGGAUGCCACACAGAACGAAAUUUUGGUAAAGAAAUAUCUCAAGAAAAAUGAUUCAUAUGUUCAUGCUGAUAUUCAUGGUGCCACAUCGAUCAUUGUUAAGAACAAGUCAAGUGAUCCACUACCACCAAAAACCAUGAUGGAAGCAGGAUGUUUUGCUCUUUGCCAAAGUUCAGCAUGGAAUAACAAGAUUGUUACAAGUGCAUACUGGGUUCAUGCUGAGCAGGUUUCUAAAACUGCCCCAACUGGAGAGUACUUAACCACUGGAAGUUUCAUGAUAAGAGGAAAGAAAAAUUACCUCCCCCCAGCACAACACAUUCUUGGCUUUUCUGUGCUAUUCAAAAUCGAUGAUGAAAGUGUGGAAGAAAGAAGAAAAGUUUCUCAGGAGCCAUCUUUCCAUAACAACGACAAAGUUGAGAUUAAAAUUGAAGCCAAAUUGGAGACUGAUGUGCCAGAAGAAGCAGAUCUUGAACUAGAACAAUCUGAUCCUGAUAGUGAUGCGAAUGAAAAUACAUUGAUCAAUAAAGGUGAUGAGGAUGUUCUUGAGGAACUGUUUGAUAAAUACAAUCUUCACAUAUCGGCAGUGCCGGAACCAGAAAUAGAGCAGUCUGAAUUCACUGAAUUCGUUGGAACUGCCCACAAUCCUUCUUACAAGAAGAAACAAGAACCAAAGAAACCAUCUCAUGGAAAAAAUGUUUCUGAACCAAAGAAGUGUGAUAACCGGCCUAAAAGAGGGCAGAAGGGGAAGAAAAAGAGAAUGGAGAAGUAUGAAGACCAGAGCGAUGACGAGAGAGAGGCAAUGAUGGCUUUAUUAGGGUCAGCUGGUAAUAAAAAAGGCAAGGGUAAGACUGGGUCUAGUAACUCUAAAUUGAAGUACCGAGCUACAUCGACUGCCAAAAAUGUUGUUGCAGGAUACAAAGGGGAAGUUGAGAAAGUAAAGCUUAGUGAAGCAGACAGGGUAUUGCAAACAUUGACCAAAGACUUAAAAGAAGAAGAAGAUGAAAUUGUAGAAGUAAAAAAAGAAGCCAAUGAACCUGACAACACUGAUAAAGAAAAUGUUGCAAAAACUAUGGGCACUGAAGAUGUUCAACCCAAAGUACAGCCAUCGAAACCUGCUCCAACAUUAGAAAUUGACUUAAGUGAUAACGAGGAUGAGCCCAUUGACAUUCUCGAUUCUCUUGUACGCAACCCAUUACCUUCAGACACUAUUUUAUUUGGAAUUCCUUUUGUUGCUCCAUACAAUUCCAUGUCGUCUUGUAAAUACAGAGUGAAAUUGACACCUGGUGCAACUAAGAAGGGGAAAGCAUGUAAGACCAUUCUAGAUAUGUUCACUAGAGACAAAAAUGCUUUGUUACAAGAAAAGAAUGUGUUCAAGAGUUUGAAAGAUGUUGAUAUGACCGUAAAUAUUCCUGGUAAAGUUAAGAUUUCUGCCCCAAAUUUGCAUGGACACGGGAAGAAACUAGGGCAACACUCCUUCAAGAACAUGUCGAAUAAAUGGGAAGUAGCUGGCAAGAGCAAGAAAGCUCCUCUCAGUAAGAAAGCUGCUAAAAAACAGAAGAAAGAACUGCCUACUGUUGCUGCUGAAGAGGAAUCCUUCGAAAACUUUGGCAUUUCUAAUCCCCUGAAGGAGAGUAAGAACAUCUACACGCUCAUGAAAGACGAGUCAUCAGACCAAGAUGAAAAGAAGCGUUCAGAUAACAAGGAGAACCUGAUAACUAAGCCGCGUAUCUCUGGUAAACUGAAGCCUAAAAAGAAGGGCUCUCCUGUUGCCCAAGUGAAGAGAGCCGAACGUGAGAUCUUGUUGGAACAACUUGAGUUGAUUGAUAUCAGUGAUAUGAAGGCGCUGAUAGGAGAUGUUAAAAAACGUUUUCCCAAUCACCCUCGAGUUUGGCUGAAGGACAUCCAGUCUUACUUCCACAUGAAGAUCACUCUUCGGGAGAGCGAUUCAGGUCUGAUGAUGUAUGAAAGUGCCUACCCCUACAACAUGGUAGAGACGGAGCUGCAGGACUUCAUCUCUGGCAUAUUCAAAGAGAUUCCUGACAAUGUUAUGACUGCUUUUUACACUGAACUGCUUGAUGGACUUGCAAGGGAUGUCAGAAAUGGAGCGUGUGGGUACCAUCACAGAAUACUACUCCAAUGCAUGGCACACAGUUGUCCUAAGACUGUGCACAGUAAAGAGGUCACCAACAAGCUACAGCACCUGAUAACAGACAGUGUAGCCAGGACUAAAGAGUGUGUCGCCAUGCUCUGGUGUCUUCAGAUGGUACCGAGGAAUAAACUCGACACUAAACUCAAAGUGUGGUUCACGUGGAUGUUACCGAUCUUACAGACUCAUAAAACAGAACGACCAGUUCAAGAUUACAUUUUGAAAUGCCUCGAAAAUGUUGUCAGUGAGAUAAGUGAAAGCAACGAGACCAUUGAGUUGGGCCCAAGUGAUUUCUUCGGCUACUUCGACCUUGUCUUCAGUCCAAAUAUCAACCUGUUUCCGCAUGUUCAAGUUGUGCUGAUGGAAGUGUUAGAUCUUGUUAAGUGUUUUGCGUUUUCUAGCAAUUCUGAUAAAAGACUUCGCUCAUUCUUCCCUUCGCUGCUCAUUAGGUUACAGCACUGCAGUGCAAAGCAGAAAACCGUUGCCCUCACGUAUCUCUUGGAGUGCUUGCAGCAGGACGCUCAAUGUUGGUUGCUAUGGCAACAGAUGUUUGGGAAACAUCUCAACAAUUCAGUGACAUUGCUGGAACACAUCCACGACAACUGGAACAUCGUUGUUAAGACCGUGAAUAGAUAUGCUUUCAAACAAACCCUCAACUAUUUAGUGGUCACCCUGACCCCCAGUUCCGAAAAAACGAAAGUGAAAGAGAAUCAGAGACGAGCCUUGGAGCUGUGCAGCGACAUGAUCCAUGCUAUCGGAUCCCCUCUCAAGGGCGCUCUGAAACUUGCUCUGUUGGUGAUGGUGGUGGUGAGUGCGGCCUACAUCCUUCACGACGUCAAAGAGUUCGGAUCUUUCCAGGCAUCACGAACUGGACGAAUAUACUCAGGCUUACUGCAACAUGAGACUGUUGUUCACGUCCUCGGAACUGUCAAGGAAUACACUGACACGGUAAACAAGUAUGGCAUGGCUCACGUACCCUUACUUAUGGAGUACAUUUACACUAUCUGUAACUCAGUGUCCUCAACCCUCGCCCUUUUCGCUGUCUUCGUUCAGACUAAUGUCAAUUAUCUGAUUGAAAAUAGGGAAGAGAUUGCACAACAGAUGAAGGCUGCAGCAGUUGACGCAGGUGAGCGAGGCUACUCCCUCCUUAAAUCUUUGGCAACACCGGAAAAGAUAGAGUGGCUGGAAACGACCGUGCUAAAAUACAUGGAGUUAUGUACGGAAUAUUGGAUUUUGGCGUCAAGCCACCUGGUGCAUGCCGCCACUGUGGGGGCUAACUCUGCAGUGGCGCUCUACGGCUCCGCCCAGGAGUACGUCGUUAUCAACUUUAUUGAUGAGCCGGUAACGCUCGAAAGGUUAAAAGAAUGGGCUUUAACGCUCACCUCCUUCUUGCAAGUGAAUGCAAUCCAUUACUAUAACACAAUCCGUAACGCCACCUUAGCGAACUGAUUCCAUAUUUGAAGAGUUUUGAGGCUACCCUCGUUGCUGGGUAAUCAUGGGGGUUUUAGAGUUAAUAUGAGCCUAAGUAGGAGAGGUGCAGUUUAGGUCCGUAAUUGUGGUCUGAUUUUAAAUUGUUAUUUAGUAACGUCAGUUCAAUCCAGAUAUCUAAAUCUAGUCGGACAAUGUUAUUCGCUCAAUACAAUGAGACUUGACGAUAAGUGGGGGCAUUCAGAAGUGAGCGCAUCUUUCUUGACAUUUUCAAAGUUAAUCCUACCUAAAUUCUCUUCGCCGUAGUGUUACCAUUUAGUCUAUUACGGUCCUGAAACACCUUGUAUUAUAUACUUUGUAUUGUUUGAUUUUCAUUUCCUGUGGGACCUGAUGAAUUGGAAAUGGUAGUGAAGUUUCGCUUUGAUUUUUCGGUAACAAAUAUCGAGCAUUACUUAUUUUUUGUCGUGAAUAUUUUUAUGUUGAUUAUAGUUUAAAAAGAUUGGGUAUCAAGUAUUCAAGUGUUGCGAAGUUGCUAGAAUAUAUAUUUAGUAAAUUAAUUUGUUAACAUUAUAACAAUGUAUCAUACCGAAGAUGAUGUGUAUAAACUUGCGUCUUACAUAAG